CCCGCUCCUUGGGGCUGGGCCCUCACAGUGCUCUCUGGAGCUGGUUCGGGGCGUUAGUGUGGCCCCGCUGGGAUCUUGGGGUGGGCUUGGGGCCGUCUAGGGGCCCUGCUGCCCCGCACGGGCUCAGCUCCCAGCACGGGUUGCCGGACUUGGUUCAUCCCGCUCAAAGAGUUUUACGAGAUGCAAGACGAGAAGACAAAGGCUCGCUGGGACAAGUUGUGGUUCGUGACCGGGAGGGAACAGUAUGCGCACCCCAUGGUGUACAAGCACGCCGACCGCGGCGACGCCACCAUGAUGUUUCACUGCGGCGCGCCCUUCUGUGCGGCCUGGGCGAUGGAUGACGACCACCCCGACCCAGCGCAGAGGCAGGCGAAGAAGCUCCUUCCGCCGUCCAGUGUCCAGCGUGAGCUCACGUCGCUCUUGGACGAAGCCAUUGACAAGAUCGGGGUGAAGAUGAAGUGGGAGGCAGGCGACUUCGCCAUCAACGACAACCUGGGCAACUGCCACUACGCACCGCCUGGCACCCAGAGCGAUCGAGAGCGGUGCGGGCUCCGCAUCCUACACCGUACGACCAUCUUGCCGAGGGGGGAGCGGCUCCCCCCCGCCCUCGCAGAGGAUGGCCGCCAGUCCUUCCUGGUGGAGUGACCGGGCCUGCCGGCCGCCCCGCCGCCCCGCGCGGCCGCGCCGCCGCUCCCCACGGCCGAGGCCGGGCCCGCGGCCGCCGCAGGGCAGGGCGGCGCAGCGCCCGCGGGUGCUCGGCGAGCCGCGUGCCUUCGGAUCCCUGGCAUCGCUCGGACGUGUGCGUUUUUUUUCCUCG